AUGCCUGUGGAAGGGAAAAGUGAUAUGGAGAGGAUUGGCCUCUUCAGUGAAAUGGGUUAUGUUACCAUUGGAGAUAAAUAUGUAUCACAUUAUAUGCGCCCUUUUAACGAAGCUGCGAGCAAGAACAGACAGAUGUUACCCGGGGGGACCAAAACAUUGUCAGCUCUGCAGGCAGGUUAUUUUGAGCCUCAGUUUGUGAGGAUUUUCGAUGGUGAAGCCUACUCAAACCCUGUUCAGCUAAGGAGACGCUAUAGAUUGGCAGAAUCAAAGAAAAAUUUGGGCAAAGCUUUCCUUCCCAGUAAUGGAGACAAAUUGCCAUGUGGACUUGGCAGCUAUUAUGGAACCAUAGGAGGUUCAUACACAUACUUCAGUCCACAACUGAAAGUCAAAGAAAGAUACAUUCCUCCUGGAAAGAAUUUUUAUACUAAUCCAGGAAAGAAAGGAACUGGAUAUGGUUAUGCAAACGUUACCAUAGGUGAUCCAUAUCCACAUGAACCUGAUGGAUAUGAAGUAGAAAGAAUAAAUGCAAAGAAAGCGCAAGAGGAACAUACACGGUUGCUUAAAGGAGGGCCUUUCAAGUUAAAUCUAUAUCCCCAGGAGUAUUUUGACAUGAAUCCCUAUUUUAGUGACAAACCUUUGCCACCUGUGAAGAAACCACCUUCAAAGAAGCCAAUUGCACCACCUUUCAAACCAAGUUCCCCUGCUAAAAAGUCAGGAGGCAUGAAAGGAGGCACUUUUGAUCCUUAUCCAAGCCAUUCCACUGACCCUUAUGUAAUUAAAAAAUCUAAAGCUGUCACAACUAAUAAAGAACGACAGGUUUUUCAUCUUCCUUCUGGACCAAAAAGCAGACCUGUUACAAGCAUAAUCACUUUAAAUGUCAGAAGAUCAUUAAAUAUAAAGAACUACAAGACUGCACAGCUGACAUCUUAUUAG